AUGAGAGCAUAUUAUGGAGAUGAGGGCUCGGAGCGUUUUUGUGGGGAUGGCGGAAGGCGGUCCCAAAUAAGAGUGAUUUUACGAGGGAUGGAGGAACGAAGAGCAUCGGAGGCAACGGCGAGUGCGCCGAUGAGUUGCGGCAGCGGAAGCUCCAGCAUGUGUGCGGGGCCGAUGCAGCAGUAGCAGCAGCAAGGUAUGGGUUGCACUCGCGAUUGCGAGAAUGUCGAUGCGACUGGUGGAUUUUAUGUCGGCAGUGAGCCGAGCAGAUUUCACGGGCCUCCUCAGUGCAAUCGGUGCGGGCGUUCUGGACACAUCAGCAUCAAAUUCCUGGCACCAAACCACGAAAUGUUCUACUGGAAGUACAACCGAUUUUACGGGCCUCCUCAGUGCGAUCGGUGCGGGCGUUGUGGACACGUAAGCAUCAAGUGCCUGGC